AAUCAAAUCGUAUAUAUCGCGCAAGAUAUUAAGAGAUAAAUUUCAUUGAUAAACAAAAUUGACAAGAAAAAUUCUUCCGUUGUCACAUUGUUUUGUAAAUUUUUUUUUUGUGAAAAUCAUUAUGAGUGGAUCAGGGAAAAGUCUUCUCGGGGUGUGGUUAUAUAGAAGAGGCGAGAGUUGGGCUGUCAAAGAAGGAAGUCCGUUACACAAAUCGCGUAAUCUUCCCGUUGAAGAAAGUAAUCAAGCCAACGACAACAAAAAUUCUGUAAUAUUUUCCCUGAAAAAUCAAAUCGGUGGCUUAGCGCGAGCGCUUCAAGUAUUUCAGGAUCUAGGUAUAAACGUCGUGCAUAUCGAAUCGAGAAAGUCUAUGCGCCGCGGCUCCGAAUAUGACAUCCUCGUGGAUGUCGAGUGCGACUCGAAGAGGAUGGAACAGUUGAUGAAAAUGUUGAGCCGCGAAGUAGCGGCUAUCAAUCUUGCCCAUUAUGAGCAAAUCGGAAGUAUACCACGCGCACCUUCUCUCUCGGCCGCGACAAGCUUCGAUUUUAGUGAAGUCGACAUGCCCUGGUUCCCACGAAAGAUAUCGGACCUCGAUCGUGCGCAGAAAGUUCUCAUGUAUGGCUCAGAAUUGGACGCGGACCAUCCCGGUUUCAAAGAUCCCGUGUAUCGUAAGCGUCGCGAGGAGUUCGCCGAGAUCGCCUAUAAUUACAGAUACGGUCAACCGAUACCAAGGGUGCAAUAUACGCUGGAGGAAAUCAGAACCUGGGGGACUGUUUUCCGUGAAUUGCACCAACUCUAUCAAAAACACGCGUGCAAAGAAUAUCUGGAAAAUUGGCCGAAGUUAGUCAAAUAUUGCGGAUACAGAGAAAACAAUAUACCACAACUGCAGGAUGUGAACGUUUUCCUAAAGCGAACAACGGGAUUUCAACUCCGUCCGGUCGCGGGUUAUCUCACACCGCGGGAUUUCCUUGCCGGACUUGCUUUUCGAGUGUUCCACUGCACCCAAUACAUUCGACACUCUUCCGAUCCAUUUUACACGCCGGAACCAGAUUGUUGUCAUGAGCUGCUAGGCCACAUGCCGCUACUUGCUAAUCCAAGUUUUGCGCAAUUUUCUCAAGAACUUGGUCUGGCUUCUCUCGGUGCUUCGGAUGAAGACAUAGAUAAAUUGGCAACUCUAUACUUCUUUACCGUGGAGUUUGGAUUGUGCAAACAGGAUGGUACGUUUCGCGUUUACGGAGCCGGUCUGCUUUCAUCGGUGGCGGAAUUGAGACACGCGGUAUCCGCGCCUGAGAAAACCAUGAGAUUCGAACCGGACGUUACGUGCAAGCAGGAAUGCAUUAUCACUGCGUUUCAGAAUGCGUAUUAUUAUACGGAUAGCAUAGAAGAAGCAAAAGAGAAAAUGCGAGCGUUUGCUAAUCAGAUUCAACGACCAUUUGGGGUGCGCUACAAUCCGUACACCCAGUCAGUGGAAGUGUUGACAGAUGCUCAGAAGAUUACGGCUGUGGUCAGCGAGUUGCGAGGCGAUCUUUGCAUAGUGUCGAACGCCCUGAAAAAAAUCCAUGAACAGGACGAUACCGUCGAUGUCGAGAGGAUAACCAGCCUAUUGACUCACGGCAUCGAUAUUCCGCAGGACAGUUCGCCCUCGGGAAGCGAUGACAGUCCUAAUGUCGAGGAGACUCGUUCCCAAGAAGACCAGCAGUUGCAUUGCGAUGAUAAUAAAGAUGUAGUCGCUAUGGGAAAUUAGGAGAUUGAUGUGUCAUUACUAUAAUUGCAUGCUCUUUAAAUUUUUGAAAAUGUUUGAAGAAUCGACAAAAAUUCAGAGACUAAUAUAACUUUGCUAUCUCAUAGAAAAUUAAUGUAAUUAUUUUGAAGAGUUAAUCGAUACACAAGGUCAAAAGAGGCUACAUAAAAUAGAAUAGAUGAGAAUGAAUUUAUUAGUUUACCCAUCUAACUUUAGAGAAUACUUUAGAGUAAAAAAUCAGAUUAAAUUAAUAAUAUAUAUACAAUAUGUGAAAUGAAACAUAUGAAUAAUGAGAUGAAACAAGAAUUUUUUUCUUUCAAUAAACAGAGGAAAAUCGUAUAAAUGCAAAAAUUAAUGGAAUUAAGAGUCUAAGAAUUAAUUAAAAUUUUGAUUCAUCAAUAUACUGUUUCGAUCUUGAUCCCAUUUCUGUUAAAUGUA